GUCCACCCCUCCACCCGCCGAGGGGCCCGGAAGCAUGGCGCUGGCCCUGUGGGUCUUCGGUCUGCUGGGCUCGGCCUGCGCGGUGUCUGCCAACAUCUUCGAAUACCAGGUGGACGCCCAGCCCCUUCGCCCCUGCGAGCUGCAGCGGGAAAGGGCCUUCCAGAAGCGAGCAGACUACGUUCCCCAGUGCGCCGAAGACGGCAGCUUCCAGACGGUCCAGUGCCGGAACGACGGCCGCUCCUGCUGGUGUGUGGGCGCUGACGGCAGGGAGGUGCCUGGUAGCCGGCAGCCUGGGCGGCCCGUGGCAUGUCUGUCCUUCUGCCAGCUCCAGAAGCAGCAGAUCUUGCUGAGUGGCUACCUCCGCAGCACGGCCGCCUCCUACCUGCCUCAGUGUCAGGAUUCGGGGGAGUAUGCGCCCGUGCAGUGUGACGUGCGGCGGGAGCAGUGCUGGUGUGUGGACGCGGAAGGGAUGGAGGUGUACGGGACCCGCCAGCUGGGGAGGCCCACGAGAUGUCCAAGAAGCUGUGAGAUAAGAAACCGCCGCCUUCUCCACGGGGUGGGGGACAAGUCGCCACCCCAGUGUUCUCCAGAUGGCGGGUUUCUGCCCGUCCAGUGCAAGUUUGUCAACACAACGGACAUGAUGAUUUUCGACCUGGUCCACAGCUACAGCAGGUUUCCAGACGCAUUCGUGACAUUCAGCGCCUUCCGGAGAAGGUUCCCCGAGGUGUCUGGGUAUUGUCACUGUGCCGACAGUCAAGGGCGUGAACUGGCUGAGACAGGUGUGGAGCUGUUGCUCGAUGAAAUUUACGACACCAUUUUCGCCAGCCUGGACCUCGCUCCCACCUUCGCGGAAACCACCCUGUACCGGAUAUUGCGGAGACGGUUCCUGGCAGUUCAGCUAGUUCUUUCUGGCAGGUUCCGAUGCCCCACAAGAUGUGAAGUGGAGCGGUUCACGGCGACCAACUUCGGCCACCCCUACAUUCCCAGCUGCCUUCGGAGUGGGGACUACCAGGCCGUGCAGUGCCAGGGGGCGGGGCCGUGCUGGUGUGUGGACACGCAGGGAAAGGAGGUCGCUGGGACGCGGCGGCGGGACGAGCUGCCAUCCUGCGCAGGGGGCCAGUCUUGCAUCUCUAAGAGGCGGCAGGCCCUGUCCAGACUCCGCUUCGGGCCCUUGGCCUACGUCGGCCAGCGUGGCUUGUCCGGGGCUCCCGAGGGAAGACAGGUUUCUUGGGGAACGUCCAGCCUGGCCACGUCCUGCCUGCCCUGGAUCAAGGAGCUCUUUGUGGACUCUGGGGUCCUCCGCCCCAUGGCUGAAGGGCAGAAUCCACAGCUUUCGGCCUCAGGGAGCCUCCUCAAAGAAGCUGUCCAGGUGCUUUUUCCCUCCCGCGAGCUGGCUCGCCUUGCCCUGCAGUUUACCAGCAACCCAAAGCGACUCCAGCAAAACCUCUUCGGAGGGGAAUUUUUGGUGAAUGUUGGCCAGUUUAACUUGUCUGGAGCUGUUGGCACAAGAGGCACCUUUAACUUCAGUCAGUUUUUCCAGCAACUUGGUCUCCCAGGCUUCCAGAACAGGGGAGGACUUGUGGACCUGGCCAGGCCCCCCUCUGUGGGCCUGGGUUUGAAUCCAGCUGUGGAAACACCCGGAACCACUCAGAAGGGUGGUGCUAUGAAUAAGCCAGUUGUGGGCAGCUUUGGCUUUGAAGUCAACGUCCAAGAGAACCAAAAUGCCCUGAAAUCCCUCGCUUCUCUCCUGGAGCUCCCAGAAUUCCUUCUGUUCCUGCAACAUGCGAUUUCUGUGCCAGAAGAUAUCGCCGGGGAUUUAGGUGAUGUGGUGGAAAUGGUGCUCAGCUCCCGGGGCUGUGAGCAGACGCCUGGCAGCCUUUUUGUCCCGGCCUGCACGGCAGAAGGGAGCUACGAGGAUGUCCAAUGUUUUGCCGGGGAGUGCUGGUGUGUGGACUCCCAGGGCAGGGAGCUGCCCGGCUCGAGGAUCAGAGGUGGGCGGCCCAGGUGCCCCACGGAGUGUGAGAAGCAAAGAGCUCGGAUGCAAAGCCUCUCGGGCAGCCAGCCUGCAGGGGCCAGCCUGUUUGUGCCUUCUUGCACUGGCCAGGGGCACUUCUUGCCGGUCCAGUGCUUCAGCUCCAUGUGCUACUGUGUUGACGCUGAGGGCCAGGCCAUCCCUGGAACGCAGAGUGUGCCCGGCCAACCCACACAGUGCCCCACGCCCUGCCAGCUGCAGGCUGAGCAAGCCUUCCUCCGGGCUGUGCAGACUCUGGCCUCCAACUCCAGCAGGCCCCUCGCCCUCUUUGGUGUCUACAUCCCACAGUGCAGCACCAGUGGGCGGUGGCGUCAGGUGCAAUGCGACGGGCCCCCGGAGCAGGCCUUCGAGUGGUAUGAGCGGUGGAGGGCUCACGACAGCGGUGGCCAGGAGCUGACCGCCACCGAACUGCUCACGGAGAUCAUGAGCUACAGAGAGGCAGCUUCCAGAAGCUUCCGUCUCUUUCUCCAAAGUCUGUAUGAGGCUGGCCAACAAGGCGUCUUCCCUGGGUUGGCAAGAUACUCUUCUCUGCAAGAUGUCCCGCUGGCAGUGUUGGAAGGGAACCGCACGCAGCCUGGAGGGGGUGUGCUCCUGGAGCCCUACCUCUUCUGGCAGAUGCUCAGUGGCCAGCUCAGCCGGUACCCAGGGCCCUACUCAGACUUCAGCGCCCCUUUGGCCCACUUCGACCUUCGGACCUGCUGGUGUGUGGAUGAAGCUGGUCAAGAAGUGGCAGGAACCCGGAUGGAACCAGGCAAAGUCCCAGCAUGUCCUGGCUCUUGUGAGGAAGCGAAGCUUCGUGUCCUGCGGUUCAUUAAGGAAACAGAAGAAAUGGUCUUGGCUUCCAACAGUUCUUGGUUCCCUCUGGGAGAGAGCUUCCUUGCGGCCAAGGGCAUCCGGCUGACCAACGAGGAGCUUGCCCUUCCCCCACUCUCCCCACCCCGAGAGACGUUCUCAGAAAAGUUCCUGAGCGGGGGCGAUAAUGCCAUUCGUCUGGCGGCUCAGUCCUCCUUCGACUUCUACCAGAGUCGCCGCCUCUCCCCUGGGGAUUCCUCGCCAGCGUCUCUGCGGCCCAGCCCCUACGUGCCCCAGUGCAAGGCCUCUGGAAGCUGGGAGCCCGUGCAGUGCCACGCAGGGACUGGGCACUGCUGGUGUGUGGAUGGGAAAGGAGAAUAUGUCCCCGCCUCGCUGACGGCCCGCUCCCCCGAGGCCCCCCGGUGCCCCAGCACCUGCGAGAGAGCUCGGGCUAGCGCGCUGCUUUCUGGUUGGAAACAGGCCGGAUCCCAAGGAAGCCCUUCACCAAGAGACCUGUUCAUCCCGACCUGCCUGGAGACAGGAGAGUUUGCCAGGCGGCAGGUGUCGGAGGCUGGCGUCUGGUGCGUGGACCAGGCCUCGGGAGAGGGCACUGCGCCCGGCACCACUCCACCUGGCUUGUCUUUGUGUCCUUGCCCAGGCCUCUGUGAAUCGCUCCAGAGCGGCGUCCUCUCCAGGAGAGCUGGCCCGGGCGACACCCCAGCCUGCAGGGCAGAGGACGGAGGCCGCUCCCCAGUGCAGUGCGACCCGGGCCAGGGCAGCUGCUGGUGUGUCCUGGGCAGCGGAGAGGAGGCGCCUGGGACGCGCGUGGCCGGGGGCCAGCCGGCCUGUGAGAGCCCGCAGUGCCCGCUGCCAUUCAACACGUCGGACGUGGCUGGUGGAGUGAUCCUGUGUGAGCGAGCCUCCGGCCCCGGCGGGGCCACCGUCCAGCAGUGCCAGCUGCUGUGCCGCCAGGGCUACCGGAGCGCGUUCCCAGCAGGGCCGCUGGUGUGCAGCCCGGAGAGCAGACGCUGGCUGUCCCAGCCGCCUCAGGCCCAGGCCUGCCAGCGGCUGCAGCUGUGGCAGACCCUCCAGACCCACGCACAGUUCCAGCUCCAGCUCCCGCCGGGCAAGGUGUGCAGCGCCGACUACGCAGGCUUGCUGCUGGCGUUCCAGGUCUUCAUCCUGGACGAGCUCACAGCCCGCGGCUUCUGCCGGCUCCAGGUGGAGACUUUGGGGACCCCUGUUUCCAUUCCCGUCUGCGACGACUCCGCGGUGCAGGUGGGGUGUCUGACCAGUGAGCGCUUAGGAGUGAACGUCACGUGGAAACUGCGGCUCGAGGACGCCCCGCCAGCCUCCCUCCCUGAUUUGCAUGACGUUGAGGAAGCCUUCGUGGGCAAGAAUCUGGUGGGGCGCUUCGCAGAUCUGAUCCGAAGUGGGGUGUUCCAGCUCUACCUGGAUUCCAAGACGUUCACCGCAGACACCUCCAUUCGCUUCCUCCACGGGGACGGCUUCGGCACCUCUCCCAGGGCACAAUACGGGUGCUUGGAAGGAUUCCACCCAGCCUCGGCCGCCGGCAAUGCCAGUCAGGACCCACUGGGGUGUGUCAAGUGUCCCGAAGGAAGCUAUUUUCAGGAUGGACAAUGUGUUCCCUGUCCUGUGGGAUUCUACCAAGAACGGGCAGGGAGCUUGACCUGUGUCCCAUGUCCCAGGGGCAGAACAACCAUUUAUGCUGGAGCUUUCAGUCGGACCCACUGUGUCACUGGCUGUCAGAGGAGUGAGAGGGGCCUGCAGUGUGACCAGGAUGGCCAGUACCGAGCCAGCCAGAGGGACAGGGACAGUGGGAAGGCCUUCUGUGUGGACAACGAGGGGCGGAGGCUGCCGUGGUCGGAAAUGGAGGCCCCACUCACGGAUUCCCAGUGUCUGAUGAUGCAGAAAUUUGAGCGGGCUCCGGAAUCGAAGGUGAUGUUCAGUGCCGACGUGGCUGUGGGAGUCAGGUCCAAGGUUCUGGGCUCUGAAUCCGCACUGGUGCAGUGCUUGGCAGACUGUGCCUCGGAUCAGGAUUGCAGCUUCCUUACAGUGGCUGGGGUGGGACCAGACGUCUCAUGUGACUUCUAUGCUUGGACGAGUGACAACGUCGCCUGCACAGCUUCUGGUCAGGGUCAGGACACGUUGGGGAACGCCCAGGCCGUGGGCGUUGGCAGUCUCGGGUGCCAGCUGAGAGUGAGGAGCAGGGGCCAGGACUCUCGGGCUGUGUAUCUGAAAAAGGGCCAAGAAUUCACCAUACGGAGUCAGAAAAGCUUCGAACCAACUGGUUUCCAGAACACGCUCUCUGGAAUGUACAACCCCACCGUGUUCGCAGCCUCAGGGACCAAUCUGACAGACGUUCAUCUCUUCUGCCUUCUUGCAUGUGACCGUGACAUGUGCUGUGACGGCUUCAUCCUCGUGCAAGUCCAAGGAGGUCCCAUCGUCUGCGGGCUGCUGAGCUCCCCUGACGUCCUGCUUUGCAGCGUCCAAGACUGGAGGGACCCCUCCGAAGCCAAGGCGAAUGCUACGUGUCCUGGUGUGACGUACGAGCAGGGGAGCCGCCAGGUGACAUUGCGUCUGGGAGGCCAGGAGUUCAAGAGCCUGAGACCCCUGGAAGGGACUCAGGACACGCUGACCAGUUUCCAGCAGGUUUAUCUCUGGAAAGAUUCUGACAUGGGUUCUCGAUCCGAGUCUAUGGGAUGCAGAAGGGACAUGGGACCGAGGUCAACAUCGCCAACAGAAACAGAUGUGACAGCGGAGCUCUUCACCCCUGUGGACCUUAACCAGGUCACUGUCAGUGGAAACAGGUCCCUGCCCAGCCAGCAGCACUGGCUUUUCAAACACCUGUUUUCACCACAGCAGGCAAACCUGUGGUGCUUGUCACGCUGUGUCCAGGAGCCCUCUUUCUGUCAGCUGGCGGAGAUAAGGGACAGUGCCCCCUUGUACUUCACCUGCACCCUCUACCCGGAGGCCCAGGAGUGUGACGAUGUCCUGGAGUCGCGUCCUACGGGCUGCAGACUCACCCUGCCCUACAGGCCGGGCGCCCUGUUCCGGAGGAGAGUUGUACUGGAAGACAAAGUGAAGAACUUUUACACCCGCCUGCCAUUCCAAAAGCUGAAGGGGAUUUCCAUCCGAAACAAAGUGUCCAUGUCUGACAAGCCUGUUUCUAAUGGGUUCUUCGAGUGUGAACGGCUGUGCGAUGCGGACCCGUGCUGCACCGGCUUUGGUUUUCUAAACGUCUCCCAGUUAAAAGGAGGAGAGGUGACAUGCCUCACGCUGAACAGCUUGGGACUGCAGACCUGCAGUGAGGAAAGUGGGGGCGCCUGGCGCAUUUGGGACUGUGGCCGCCCCGACACUGAGGUCCGCACCUACCCCUUCGGGUGGUACCAGAAGCCUGUCGCUCAAAACGACGCUCCCAGCUUUUGCCCUUCGGUGGUGCUGCCUUCCCCCACCGAGAAAGUCGCUCUGGACUCAUGGCAGACCCUGGCCCUCUCUUCAGUGGUCGUUGACCCGUCUAUCAGGAACUUCGAUGUUGCCCACAUCAGCACGGCUGCUAUCAGCACCUUCUCUGCUGCCCGAGACCUCUGUUUGUUGGAGUGUGCCCGUCACCAAGCCUGCCUGGUCACCACCUUGCAGACCCGACCUGGUGCUCUGAGGUGCAUGUUCUAUGCUGACACGCAGAUCUGCACACACAGCUUGCAGGCCCCGUACUGCCAGCUGCUGCUCCGUGAAGAGGCCACAUACAUCUACCGGAAGCUGAACUUCUCUCUGCUCGGCUCCGGGACGUCCGCACCUUCUGUGACCAUCGCUCCCUCUGGCCAGCUGCUGGGCAGGGCCCGGGCCAUCCAGGUGGGCACCUCGUGGAAGCAAGUGGACCAGUUCCUGGGAGUGCCAUACGCUGCCCCGCCCCUGGGGGAAGGCCGCUUCCGGGCACCAGAGCCCUUGAACUGGACAGGGUCCUGGGCUGCCACCGAGCCACAGGCCAGCUGCUGGCAGCCAGGAAUCAGAACGCCCGCGUCGUCUGGAGUCAGCGAGGACUGCUUGUAUCUCAACGUGUUCGUCCCUCAGAACAUGGCCCCCAACGCGUCCGUUCUGGUUUUCUUCCACAACACCGUGGAGGGCCGGGGCAGCGAGGGAAGCCUGGUCCUCGACGGCUCCUUCCUGGCUGCUAUCGGCAACCUCGUCGUGGUCACUGCUGGCUACCGCGUGGGCAUCUUCGGCUUCCUGAGUUCCGGGUCCAGUGAGAUGCGUGGCAACUGGGGGCUGCUGGACCAGGUGGCGGCUCUGACCUGGGUGCAGACCCACAUCGGCGUGUUUGGCGGGGACCCUCGGCGCGUGGCCGUGGCAGCCGACCGUGGUGGCGCUGACUUGGCCGGCAUCCACCUUCUAACCACCAGGGCUGGCGGUUCUAGACUCUUCCAGAGAGCCGUGCUGAUGGGUGGCUCCGCUCUCUCCCCAGCCGCUGUCAUCAGCCAGGAGAGAGCUCAGCAGCAGGCAGCUGCUUUGGCAAAGGAGGUUGGAUGCCCCACCUCGUCCAUCCAAGAAAUGACAUCCUGCCUCCGUGAGAAGCCCGCCGAUGUCCUCAAUGACGCCCAGACCAAGCUCCUGGCUGUGAGUGGCCCUUUCCAUUACUGGGGUCCCGUGGUCGAUGGCCGGUACCUCCGAGAAGCUCCAGGCAGGGCGCUGCAGAGGGCUCCGCGGGCGAAGACCGACCUGCUCAUCGGGAGCUCUCAGGACGACGGGCUCAUCAGCAGAGCAAAGGCCGUGAAGCAAUUUGAGGAAAGUCAAGGCCGGACCAGUAGCAAAACAGCCUUUUACCGGGCGCUGCAGAACUCCCUGGGCGGUGAGGGUGCAGACGCCAGCGUGCAGGCUGCUGCCACGUGGUAUUACUCCCUGGAACACUCUGCAGACGACUACGCCUCCUUCUCCCGGGCCCUGGAGAACGCCACCCGGGAUUACUUUAUCACCUGCCCCGUGAUCGACAUGGCCAGCCACUGGGCAAGGACGGCCCGAGGAAAUGUCUUCCUGUACCACGCUCCCGAAAGCUACGGCCGCGGCAGCCUGGAAUUGCUGGCCGAUGUUCAGUAUGCCUUUGGGCUGCCCUUUCACCCCGCUUAUGCGGGCCAGUUUACUCUGGAGGAGAAAGGUGUGUCUCUGAAGAUCAUGCAGUACUUUGCCAACUUCAUUCGAUCCGGAAAUCCCAACUACCCUCACGAGUUCUCAAGGAAAGUGCCCGAGUUUGCAGUCCCCUGGCCUGACUUCGUCCCUGGUGCGGACAGCGAAAACUACAAGGAGUUCAGUGCCCUGCUCCCCAAUCGACGGGGCCUGAAAAGGGCUGACUGCUCGUUCUGGUCCAAGUACAUCCGGUCCCUGAAGGCACCUGCAGAUGAAACCGAGGAUGAGCUGUCCCCAGGCAGUGAAGAGGAGGACCAGCCAGCUGGCUCUGGCCCGAGAGAAGACCUCCUGGGCCUCCCAGAUCCAGACUCUAAGAGCUACGGCACAUGACCAACCCUGACACCUCUACCCACCCUGCCAACCCCACCCCAGGCUGGCACCCUGGGCACCUGGUUAUCUAAAAUGGCCGCUAGCUUUCAAUAAAGC